UGUGCAUCUUCCUUGUACUCUCAAACUGAGAAAAGAGUUACGGUGCUGCUUUUAUUUUUGCUUUUCCAUUACUUGCAUAAGCUCUAAAUCUGUAAUCUUAUAGAUUUUUCUUUUCUUUUUUUUCCCUGGAGGGUUUUUGUGCACCUGACAAGAUCAGAGGAGUUUCUCCAUUGUAAGAACAUGUUAGUAAAAACAAAGUGGCAGUGUCUUGGAAAAGGUCAAAUUUCAUGAAGACAUAGAUCUAUCGGUGAAGAUGAGAGGAAAUGCCUAGAGGAAUGGCAUCGUAGGAAAAAAUGCCACUCCAAGGGGAUGGACAACAACCAAGUGAAAAGGUGGAAGACACGGGAGGAGAUACGGUACGGGAAGGGAAGAGUGGGGGUGGUGGAGGGACAUAGGAUGGCAUGAGGACCGAGGCCAGUGGUUGGUUUGAUCUGAGCCACAUGUGCGUCCAACCACAUCUUUUCUCUGCUUCAUGGAUGCUGAUGAAACAGUAGUUUCUCCCGCCGCCUAGUUCCAUCUGUCUCCGUCCAGGUAGGUGCAUUAUUGUCCCCAACUGCUGUUUUCUGAUGAGGUUUCUUUUAUUCAAUAGGUGUUUUCUGUACCAGAAGCUGCACUUUUGAAAGUUGUGUCCAUGUUCAGCCAUUAUAUCUUGUCAUCAUUCCAGGCUUAGGUACAGGAUGAUGGAAAUCUUGAAGGCGUUUGGGGAAUAUGGCAUACAUCAGCCUUCCUGUUUUUGGGAUGCAACGUUGAUGAAUGUGAGGCUACGAAUGUAUAUUUAACAAAAACAAAUGCAGAGGACAGUCAUCCUCAGCAAAAUAAAUACUUUCAGCAUUAACUGUUGGAUGGUGGACUUCACUUCAGUCAUGCUCUGAAAAUAUGAGACAUUUCAUCAGAGUACUGCUGUAAAAUGCAACAUACAUAAAGAGAUGCUGAUCCCCUGAACUUUGCCUAUGGAUCUACCAAACCAAUAAUGAUGAACUGACAUGAGGUGAUGCAAGAGUCCUUGAGGAAGAAAUCAAACAUUAAUGCUUCAGUCUGUCACUGUCCAGCGGGUUUACAGCUCAAUAAGUCAUGUCAAGGUGUCCAUCAACCCGCCACUCAGUCAUUCUCCCUCGUAUGAAUCUCUUUAAACAAAUGACUGUGAAGCAGAACAGUGCUUGGUUAUAGAAAAGUCCUCCUGAAUAUGAAAGUGACAACAUAGGCUCUUCUGACAAUGUUAUUCUACUCUUAAAUGUAGUUAAAAUAGGGGUUCAGGCUGAAGAACACGCUCUACUUAAAUACCACAGGACAGCCAUGAACUCUGCACCAUCACCUUCUCUAUCCUCCACCAUGAGUAUGUGAUCAACAGCACCCUGGCACAUAGCAUCCUGCUGCUUCACAACAUUGAUAAAACCUAGCUGGACUAUUCAGUCUAUGUUCCUGCUCAGACCUGUCAAGAGCAAAGACUAUGCAGAGGACAGCGAGCUCCAGCCAGCUGAUUUCCCAGUGCCAUCGCUAGCAUCCCUCCAUUUCAGGGACGGGGCUAUGGUCAUCAAAGAGAGCACCAGCCAUACGGUGGAUAAACCUCAGCCCCAUUCUGUAUUUUCUGUGAUAUCACGGCACAACCAAUCACCAUCACAGACAGACAUAUCCGUGGGUACAAGGCCUGAGUCUUCACCAGCACCUCGAGAGGUCUUGGAGCCUGAGAUGGGCCAAAAUGACAGUGAGGCUCAGCCUCACACCCUGAUGACGUACCUGAAGGACCUUUCUUCCCCUGUUGACCAUGAUGUGUAUCCUGCCCAAAGAAACUGCAUCGCCAAGGAAGGAGAACUUCAAUCCAAGAACAGCACAACCAAAGCAACUGCAGCAUGCGACUCCACUGCUGAUGACAAUCAGCUGUCCAGCGCAGAGUGGUACUGGGGAAACAUCUCAAGAGAGGAAGUAAAUGAGAUGAUGAGAAACACUCCUGAUGGCACUUUCCUGGUCCGAGAUGCUUCCAGUAGGGUUAAAGGAGAAUACACUCUCACACUCAGAAAAGAUGGAUCCAACAGACUGAUAAAGAUUUUCCAUCAUGGGGGGAUGUACGGCUUUUCUGAGCCACUGGCCUUCCCUUCUGUGGUGGAUCUAAUCCAGUAUUACCAGAACAAGUCACUAGUCCAGUACAACUACAAACUGGACACACAUCUACGCUACCCCAUUACCAGAUACCAGCAGCAGCAGGUUGUGAUGGAAGUCGACACUGAUGCAGUUGGAGAACAGCUGAGGAUAUUUCAGGGCCAAUACAAGCUGAAGAGCAAAGAGUAUGACCGUCUGUUUGAGGAAUUUAACCAAUGCUCCCAGGACCUACAGAGCAAGCGGACGGCCAUUGAGGCUUUCAGUGAAACCAUUCGGCUCUUUGAGGAGUGUGAAACUCAAGAAUACUACAGCAAGGAAUGCAUCAACAUGUUCCUCACAUUAGACAGCAGUACUGAGAAUGACAAGAUUCAAAGCAAUUCAAAUGAGCUGCAGUCAAAGGUGGAGGAGAUCCAUGACAGCAAGAAGUUGUUGGAAGAAGAGCUGAGGAAGAAAGCGUUGGCUCACAUGGAGGUCGACAAAAAAAUAAAGAACCUAAAGCCUGACCUUGUGCAGCUCAGGAAGAUCAGAGAUCAAUACCUGCUCUGGCUCACUGAACAAGGCACUGGGGAGAGCCAGAUUAGUGACUGGCUGGGAAUCAGGACUGAAGAAGAGGACCCAUACACCCUGGCAGAUGAUAUGCAUCAGGAGGAGAGGAGCUGGUAUGCUGGUGGUAUGAGACGGAAGGAGGCAGAGAAGCUGUUGAAGGGGAGGAGGAACGGGACCUUCCUCAUCAGAGACAGCCAGACUCAGAGAGGCUCCUUCGCCUGCUCUGUUGUUGUGAAUGGGGAGGUGAAGCACUGUGUGAUCUACAGGACAUCCACAGGAUAUGGUUUUGCUGAGCCCUACAACCUGUACUCAUCCCUGAGAGAGCUGGUCCUCCACUAUCGACACACAUCCCUCAUCCAACACAACCAGCAGCUGAAUGUAACCUUGGCCUGGCCCGCUCUCAGCCAGGAGCCCAGCUGAGACACAACAGCACGCCACCCUGUUGGCGCAUUCCCAAGCUUCCACAUAUUAGCACUGAGGACGCACCAGUACGGGCACUGUUGCCAGACUCAAACUAAGUUAACGGGUAGUUUUGUCACCCUAAUAGAAUUCUCAAAGGUUCACAGCUAAGAUCUGGAUACAAUUGAGCAGUUUUUCCACAGUAAAGUUAUGGCUGACUAAUCUGUAAUUGCCAGUUUUGUUAGUUAAAUAUAGCAGUUGCAUAUUUGCCUCCUGGAAUCUGUUUGUCAGCCAGUUCAAGUGAACAGGGAUCCAGUUUGAUGCUGGUGCCAUUAAAAGCAGUCUACUGUCCGAAGCCAGACCGCAGCUCUCUUCUCAUUUUUAUUUAUUCUUUUUACAGUAUUAGUAUUUGCACAUAAACCUUGCAAAACACAAUUGGGAUUAAGUACUUUACAGAACUCAACAUUUAAUUAAAACUUCUAUAACGUACUGAAGUAGUAGUUAAAUACUGCCUCAUCACACCAACACUGGUAUCAAGAAUUUUCCAGCACUGUGGUGGAGCUGAAGUUGCAACAAUCGUGUGGUGGUUUAUUAAUACAAUACCAGGGCAAUAAAUAAUAGCAUCUGACUUUCAGAAUACUGACGCUAAACUUUUAUAACAAGACCAAUCAAAGUAAAGACAUACGAUUAGGUUCCCUGUUUUUUGUUUCUUUUUUUUUUUUUGUAAAAACAGAAAAGACAGUAUAUUAUUUGGAUGGAGACAUUAAUGAAAGCGAUUUAUUAAUCUGGGUACUAAACAAUGAAGCACAAGUUGUUUUAGUUAUUUUUCUGAAAGGCAAGCACAAGAAAUCAACUAGCCUAUUUAAGAAGGUAAAUAUUGUGUAUCAAAGUCUCUGUCUUUACAUCUUGUCUUAUACUGUACCUCAAACAUUUCUAAAAUAUUGUGUCCAACUGUGAAAUGUUUUUUUUCCACUUUGGCUUCAUCAUUGGUGCUACGCACAAUGCUGUUACACACAAUGCUGUAUUUUCCUCUGAUACACUUCCCUGAUAUCAAAAGUCAGUCAUAAAAUAGUGGCAGUACUGCAACGCAAAUGGAAAAGCUUUCACAUUGUGCAUGGUUUGCGAUCGCAUCAAUCUGUGACAGUGUUGGACAAUAGUGAAACAUCAAGCACUGCAUUGCACAGGUUGUGAGCACUGUGUGCUACAACCAUCAGAUGGCAGUGAAAGCAGGAUUUUUAACCUGUGUGUACCAACACUCCAUGCUGUUUUGCAAGACCAAGUACUAACACACUAACAAAACUACACUCCUGUUUGUAGAAAUUAGGACUCUAUAACACUGAUGUUGGUGUAAAACCUGAUUUUACCUACUUCACACUUGCACUUUUAGAUCCCAAAAUAAAUCUGCAAAUAUGGUUUAACGAGUUGCUGAGUCUUAUUUGAUAAUCUGAUUAUUUCAAUACAUUUUCUUUGUGAAGAAGUUUGUGUUUGAUUGAACACCACAAGCCUGAAUUAAAUCAGUAUCAACCAGCGUACAAAACAAAUACAAUUGGCUGUUUAUCUAAGAAAUAUGUAUAAGAGCAAAACUACUUCAUUACACUCUACAAAGACUGGAGGAACCAUAUUCUGUACCACAUACAGUGGCUUUACCAGCAUCUACGUAUACUGUGUGUAGUGGUAAUACUCCUGGUCUCACUGAUUAAAGCAGUCUCCAACCAACUUAACUUACUGUACUUGGUCAAACAAAAGUUAAAUGAAUUAGAAAUAUACAAUAAAUCACCAUGGCUUACACAAUAGUUUUAGUACAUAUUAUUAAGCAACGUUUACACCCUAAAUAUAAACAUUUACUGCACAUAAUAAAAUUUAAAAACACUUACAGUGUUUGGUUAAAACAACAAGCACUAUAAUUUACACUAUGCAUGCAAACAAAAGACACCAUCAUGUGCCCAGUAACAACAGGCACAAUGUGAACACAUAUCCAAACACAGUUCACAGCAGUCAAGUGAAUGAGAUUCACCUUCAGA